AAAUCAGUCCACCCGUUUCGGAGGAGUAAUGUAACUAACAUUGUCACACGAGAAUUUUAUAUAUAAGACAAUAUUCCUUCAAAAUACAACCUCUUAAAAUCAAAACCUACCGAAAAGUGAAACAAAUUCGUCAUUUGUCAAUUUUGAUGGGUUCUAAAAAAAAUAUUUACAAGUGUUCUUGUUAGAUACCUAGUGAUUGUAAUUUCUAAUACAAUGGAGACUGUAUUGCAUUCACGAUCAAGCAAAUUGGAUAUGGAAAGUGAAUCUGAUAAAAUACAAGCAGCAUCAGCACCUAUUUUGCCCGCGGUAGCUUCAGGAGAAGCUAAGUUAACUAUCCAAAUAUCUGCUCCUUCAUAUUUGCAUUCCUUGAAGGAAAAUGAAGCUCCACCUUUUAGAAAACCAGAGCAUGAGGCCAGACCCAAAUUACUGAUUGGGACAAUUGUCUCUGAAAGUGAUAUUAUUGAGAUUAUUGCUCGUGCGAACAGCGAUUGUUUGAAAAAUUCAUUAGGGGAAUUCGUAGUGAAAAGAAAUAUUGUGCCAAAUUACCAACUUUCUGAAAAGAACUUUUUAGUAAGUUUCCUAAUGGAAACUAUAGAUUACAGUGCACAAAGGGACUUUACUGCUGAAAAACUAGCUUGUCUCAUGACACUUUACAUUUCUACUCACUUGUAUUUCAAGUGGUAUUACUGGACACCACCUGUCGCAGUUUGGAAAUAUUUUAAGGAAAUAAUGAUAAGGCACACUAUAGAGGAUUCCCCAGAUGGCCAAGAAGUAUUUGACCCAGAGGAAUGUUAUGACAUUGUAACCCAUUUUCAUACAGUUUAUUUGAGCAACCUGCCACUUAUCCACCUGCUUACUUUUGGAGGAUUCCGUCUUAAACUUUUAUGGCCAUUUAAACCAAAAUAGUGUGCAAAAUAGAAUCCCAAUGUUUAUUUUAUGGGUUUAAAUUGAAAGAAUUAUCAUUGAUUUGUUAACAUUUAUUUAUGCUGAUUUAUGUUGAAACAAUAUAUUUUGUUUUAAAAGAUUAAGCUGUUUUUAUUACAAUUGCAAACUACAUAAAAUGUUUAAUGUUAUUAUACAAUGAAAUUAUAAAGC